GCAAACAUGAGUAAACUGUUAUCUGCCCAAGAGGCUGCCAAGAUCUAUCACACCAACUACGUGAGGAACGCAAGGGCGGUCGGCAUGCUCUGGACGGUCUUCACCAUCUGCUUUGCCAUCAUCGGUAUGGUAGUGUUUAUACAGCCCUAUUGGAUUGGAGACAGCGUCGAUACGCCCCAGUCGGGUUACUUUGGGCUUUUUCACUACUGCAUCGGGAACCCCAUCACUGGAGAACUGGUGUGUAAAGGCAGUGCUUUGGACUUUGGAUCCAUCCCUUCUGGUGCUUUUAAAACCGCCAUGUUCUUCGUAGGCAUUUCUUUACUGCUGAUUGUGGGAACUAUCGUUUGUUUUAGUUUGUUCUUCUUCUGCAACUCGGGCAGUGUGUAUAAGAUAUGUGCAUGGAUGCAGCUCGCAGCUGCCACUUGUAUGGUCAUAGGUUGCAUGAUCUAUCCAGACGGCUGGGACUCCGAGGAGGUGAAGCGCAUGUGUGGGCAACGGACUGAUAAAUACACGCUGGGUAACUGCACAGUGCGCUGGGCGUACAUCUUGGCUAUCAUCAGCAUCAUGGACUCCCUCACGUUAUCUUUUCUGGCUUUUGUGCUGGGCAACCGCCAAGACAAACUACUGCCAGAGGACUUUCAGGGCGGGGAGAAGAAAGAGGAAGCAUGAAGGUCCCUGCACAAGUAAAAUGGACAUCACAUCACUGCUGACAAAACUGCACAGUAAUUGCCACCUUUGAGAUUACUUCACCAAAACAUUAUUUCUAAUAUAAACCAUGUCAUGUCGGUCUGUUGCUUCUUUAUUUUAUAAUACCGAGGCCAUAAUGAGGUAAUUUGUUAACGUAAAUAAUCACUUUUGUAUUGAAUGCAUUAAUGUAAACUGAAUUCAGUAAAGCAUUUUGGAAUACUCGAUUCUGAUUGGUCAAUAUGCAGUCUUAUCUCACCGGUGCAGA